GAGUCCUGGGGCCGAGGUGUCCUGGGGCCGAGGUGUCUGACAUUCUCCUAACGUUACCCAUUUUACCAACUUUCCGUUCUAAGUGCCAAGGUAAACAUGAAACAAACAAAGCUCACAAGACUCUCCAUGGUGUAACGUUAAAGGUCACUUGAUACCUAGAUUACGUAUCAGUUAUAGAUAUGGAAAAUUCCAUGGCCAGUGUUGGUGUAUUCUCUUUCCUUUGGUGUAGCUUAUAUUUUGGCCUGUGUUUGUUGAAACCACAACGAAGCAAUGAGUGGCACUGUCGAACAGUAACUGCAAUACAUGCUGUAGUUGUAUGUUUACUGUCCCUGUGGUGUGCAUUUAUACAAGGACCAUGGCCUUUCACAAAUGCAGGUGGUCCAAGCACUCCACUUCAAUCCUUAACAAUCAUGAUUUGCUUAGGAUAUUUUAUCUUUGAUCUUUCCUGGUGUCUCUAUUUUCAAACUGAAGGUAUGCCAAUGCUUCUCCACCAUUUAUGCAGUAUACUGGGAAUGACUGUUGGAACCAUCACUGGAAACUAUGGAACUGAAAUGAUAGCUACUAUAUUUGGAAGUGAAAUUACAAAUCCAUUAUUACAGUUUCGCUGGUUUCUGAGAGAGAAUGGAAACAAUGAAACCAUCUUAGGGGAGAUUGUUGACCAUGCAUUUAUGUUUUUAUUUGGUUUCUUUCGAAUUGGAAUUGGAUCGUAUUUGCUUCUGAGAUAUUUUCAGCAAGAUACAGAUUUUUGGGGUCGUCUUGGUGGUGUUGUUAUAUACUGUAUCAGCUGGAUGUUUUGGAUCAACAUUAUCAUUUUUGCUGCUAAAAAAUACAAAAAGAUAAAAUCUCAUGAAAAAAACAAUUCUAAAAACAACAACGACUCAAUGAUUGAAGAUGAUUUGGUCAAAGAAGGUGAAAAAUCCUCUUAUUGCAAUUCCGAAAAACUUUAUUAUAAUAAAUCACAGAGACAGUUGAAUGGAAGCUCAAAUAAACAUCAACUUCAUUUACAAAGAUUCAUUACUUACAAAUACAGUAGUCAUUAAAUUCAAAAUGCAAAUGAUUCUAUCUAAUAUAUAUGCUGAACUGGGCUUUUUGACUAUUAUUUUUUCCUAUGUCGGCAUUCUUUGUUGCCUUCAUUUUCAUGUUAUUAUCUUUUUCCAGAAAUCGUAAUGCAUAUUUCAACAAAAUUUAUACACGGCAAACCUUCGAUGAAGGGCUUUAAAGUUCCUUCAAAUAAAGGACCCUGGCUAUAAGAAAAAUUCAGGAAAUGAUGAAAAUAGGGCAAGAUUGUUUAAAAUAUAGGUCUUAAUGAACCAAAUAGCCAGUUAAAAAAAAAUCCACAUAUCUUACGUAAUAAAUAUUGGAGUUUACCAUGACACUUUACUUUAUGUAAAGGUAACGGGAAAAUGUAAUUAUUGAAAUCAAAUUAGGAUGAAACAUUUUGGUGGUAAUUCUUACUAUACACCAUGGGGGGUACAAUUUGGGGAAAUGUUUGUUAUCUUUUUUUAAAAUUUAUAUUGUUCAGUAUUGUUUGUUGUUGCUUUUGCAUAGCACUAUUGCAGCGACAGCAAAUUUCUGUUUAUUGUAAUUUGUGGAAUAAAAAAAUGGAAGUUCUG